AUGGCUCUGGAUUUCAAUAUUUCACUUGAAAAUAGCUCUAUGGUUCCAUAUGAAUACCACAAGGACCAGCUGGACAUUGAUGCGGACGUGUGCAUUUUUCAGAACGACUACCAUAGGGACCUAACGCAGAACAGUUUGGUUGUAAUCCUCAUGAUCGUUCUUUACAUGCUAAUAACAGUGCUGGCGUUGCUAGGCAAUCUACUGGUGAUCUGGACAGUGUGGAUCAACUCGCACAUGCACACAGUGACCAACUACUACAUCGUGAACCUUGCUGUCUCUGACCUGCUCGUUGCGGCCCUUGUGAUUCCUCUCAAGCUGCUUGAGUACACCGCCCCCUGCCGGUGGCACAUAUUCCGCAGUGACGGACUCUGCUCCGUCGUCUACUAUCUGCUUCCGGUGUUCGUGUUUGCCAGCGUCCUUACACUCGCCGCCAUCUCCAUAGAGAGGUACCAUAUUUUAUGUUAUUGA